AUGGAUGAACUGAGCUGGUGCGUCGGGGUGCCUGGACUGGGAUUUUUCCAACCGGGGAUUUUAAAUUUAUUAAAUAUUUUUUUAGAAGAUUGCGACGUUACAGUCAACAGUUCUCUGUCCAUAACAUCUUCUAAAAACGGAACUAUAUCUUCACCAAAUUUUCCAUUUCCUUAUUUUCCAAAUCUUCGAUGUAUUUACAGAUUCAUUGGCUUACCAACGGAAAGAGUGAGAAUUGAAUUUAAAGAGUUUGAAGUUAAAGGAGUUCCACCAAGUUGUCUUCAAGAUUACAUCGAUAUAUAUACGCAAGUCGAAAAACCCUUUCAAGACCUUCUUGACAUUCCUUUGCAUGGAAGAUUUUGCGGUUCAGGAUUGGACUUGUUACCGAAUAUUCUCAUAUCUAUGCAUAAUGCUCUCAUCAUCGGUUUUUAUACCGAUCACAUAAAAGAAGAGAAAGGCUUUCUGGCUGAAUACUCUUUCAUCGAUGAUUCCCUUUAUUUGGUUGGAACACCCGCUCCUUUUAAUCAAUGUGGACAGACCAUUUACGGGACAUCAAAACCUUCGGGAUUUAUUUAUUCACCGACAUAUCCCGGUGUUUAUCCAGACAAUGUAUUUUGUUUCUACCACCUUGCUGGCAUACAAAGACAACGCAUAAAAUUAACAUUUUUAGAGAUAGAUCUGUACAGUGGAGGCGACCAUUGUCCAUAUGACUACAUCCUCAUCUAUGAUGGACCAACGAACAACAGCGAAAUCAUCAAUACCUUCUGUGGCCAUCGAAACAAUGUAACCCUCUUCUCGUCAUCGAGCAACCUCUACAUUGAAUUUUCUACAAAAAGUGGUCGAUUGGAAUCAACAAAGCGAACAUACUUACAUCCGUGGGAAAGCAGCAAAUCAGAUGACGUUAUUGUGCAAAGGAGAGGCUUCAAGGCUUUCUAUGAAAUUUCCGGGGCGUUCGUUGAUCUCGAAUGUGAUCAAAUGGUUUUAAGCACAAAAGAGUCAAAUGGGGUCAUCAAGAGUCCAAACUUUCCAUACAAUUUUCCAUUAAAAAUCAGAUGCAAUUAUUAUAUUGAUGGGCUUGAAGAUAAACAAAAUUUGGAAAAAGCUAAAAUCGAAUUCGAUUAUCUAAACAUUCCAAAAGUUAGAGAUGGAUGUAAUAACGGCCAUUUAAAAGUUUAUUUAAAAGGACAAAUUGAUAAACCUGAUGACAUUUUGUGUGGCACUACGACUCCAUCGCCUCUAACAAGCUCUAAUCCUAGACUUCUUCUUACAUUUGACACAAUUGACGCUAAUUAUGCUGGCAAAGGAUUUAAAGCCAAAAUUCAAUUUUUAACUGAUUUUGCGAUACCUGGAACGCCAGCAACAGAUGGUUUAAAAUGCCACUUUAUAUAUAAAAGCACAUCCUCAAAUCAGGGAGCAUUCAACUCGCCUCGACACCCCAGCAACUAUCCAGACGAUUCUGCUUGCAUUUACGAAUUCAUCAGUGCAAAAGCUGAACAAAUCAGAAUCACAUUUGAAACAUUUAAGCUCGAAAACGACACAAAAUGGGUCUUGAAAUCCGCUCUGAACUUCGCAAGUGAUGGAGAAGUAGUCAGAGAAGUAGGUAGAGAGUUCCAGAGAAAAGGACCAGAAAAAGCAAAAGCAGAUUUGGCAAAAGAGUGUUUAACACGAGUAACCAGUGCAAGAGAACAAGGUAUGGAGAUAUAUGAGAAAAGAAAGGGGCAUGAGCAACUAGACGAGCAGCAGAGUUAA